CCCUAUCAAGUAUAAACAGUCCCCUCCAAAGCACGAAAUUUUUUUCUUUUCUUUCCUUUUGUUGUUUUUUUUUGUUGAGGGCCUUAUAAAUAAAAUAAAUGAGGCCACGUAAAGAGUUGGAUCGCAAGCACCAAAUUUUCAAUCUGAAGAGCAACCUCCGCCCUCGUCCAAAACAAUAUUCCAUAAGCGACUUACUGCUCAGGUUUGUGAUGGCCGGACAGUCGAGGAAAUGGAUGAUUCUAGUGGCGACGAUUUGGAUUCAAGCGUUCACCGGCACGAAUUUCGAUUUCUCCGCGUAUUCCACGGAGAUGAAGCGAGUGCUGGGGAUAUCGCAGGUGCAGUUGAAUUACCUGGCUGUGGCGUCGGAUAUGGGGAAGGCCUUCGGGUGGUCCUCAGGGUUGGCUCUCACGUAUUUUCCUCUGUGGGUGGUGCUCUUCAUGGCUGCUUUCAUGGGCCUUUUUGGUUAUGGAAUUCAGUGGCUCGUCAUUCGGAAUGUCAUCUCUUUGCCGUAUAUGCUGGUUUUUUGUCUGUGUUUGUUAGCAGGAUGUAGCAUAUGCUGGUUCAACACGGUUUGCUUCGUUCUUUGCAUAAAAAAUUUCCCAGCUAACCGAGCCCUUGCUUUAUCCCUCACAGUAAGCUACAACGGUGUAAGUGCAGCCUUGUACGGCCUAGCUGGUGAUGCAAUCAAUGCAUCAUCCAGUUCGCUAUAUCUUCUUCUGAAUUCCCUAGUUCCCCUUAUCAUUUCGAUUGCAGCAUUGGUCCCUAUUCUUCGCCAACCGCCGGUGGACCCUCUUUCCCCGGAGGCAGUCCGCAGUGACUCCAUUAUGUUUCUACUAUUGAAUGUGUUAGCCGUCUUAACCGGUGUUUAUCUCCUUAUUUUUGGCUCAAACGCAACAGAUUCAACAACAGCUCGUCUGCUCUUUGGUGGAGCUAUUUUUCUUCUGGUUUUCCCCUUAUGUGUUCCUGGUGUUGUCUAUGCUCGACAUUGGUUCCAUCAUACGGUUCAUUCUAGUUUCCAACUUGGAGGAUCCGGCUUCAUUCUAGUGGAUGAUGAUGAUCUUGAGCUUCAUAAACGGCUUUUAAGCCGUGAGGCUAGUUUCAAUGAUCGGAAUGGCUCAUUGAGUGAUGAUGCAUCUGAAUACAAAAUGGGCAGCCAAAAGUGCAUUGAUGAAGACAGUGCAAGAUGUUGUGAGAAAAUGAUUGGAAAAGAUCAAUUGGUAAUACUAGGUGAAGAGCACCCAGCUCAAGUACUUGUUAGGAGAUGGGAUUUUUGGCUAUACUACGUUGCAUAUUUUUGUGGGGGAACGAUUGGGCUUGUGUACAGCAACAAUCUAGGACAGAUUGCACAAUCACUGGGAGAGAGUUCCAAUACUGCCUUGCUUCUCACUCUUUAUUCAUCCUUCUCCUUUUUUGGCCGCUUGCUUUCAGCUGCACCUGAUUAUGUUCGCGCGAAAAUGUACUUUGCAAGAACUGGGUGGCUGGCCAUUGCUCUAUUGCCAACCCCAAUUGCUUUCUUCUUGCUGGCUGGAUUAGGCAAUUCAAUGGCAUUGCGGGCAGGAACUGCACUUAUCGGGUUGAGUUCGGGGUUCAUAUUUGCUGCCGCAGUUUCAGUUACAUCAGAGCUAUUUGGACCGAACAGUGUAGGCGUAAAUCACAACAUUCUCAUCACCAAUAUCCCGAUUGGAUCACUCGUCUAUGGUGUUCUUGCCGCAAUAGUUUACGAUGCCAAUGCAGGCAAAGGCCUGAAGCUAAGCUUCGCAGAUUCAGUAGUAUGCAUGGGGAGGCAAUGCUAUUUCUUAACAUUUGUGUGGUGGGGUUGCUUAUCCAUCUUGGGGUUAGCUUCUAGUCUGCUAUUAUUUCUAAGAACCAAGCAUGCAUACGACGCUUUUGAACGGAAUCGUGCAUUGGCAGAGGCUUCUCAAGAGAGCUAGCGUUGCUGUGCAACAAAUAAUGCACACGCAGUUUUCACUUGCAUUCUAAUUUUUUGCUUCCGAACGAGUAAAUUUUAGGGAGAGGAGAGGAGACAGUUUUGCUUGUAACUAUCACGUCUUAGCCAUUCUACUCCCUUCUAAACUCAACUCUCCCCUCCUCUCCUCUACUCUCCGGCUGAGCCUUGUCAAACAUGUACAAAAAUAAAAAAUUAAAUAAAGAAAUGAAAAUUUCCCUAU